AUGGGAGGAGUAAGCAGAAGGCGUGGAGGUUUUCUUUCUUUCGCGCCUCGUUGUUUGCUGCUCCUCUGUUUCUUUGUCGUCCUCGUCUCGGGACAGCAGCAACGAGAUGAAGAACAACAACGACGAGAGAUGGAAGAAGAUGAAGAAGUUGUUUUGGGAGUGAACAACGACGCGAUACGAAAAGCUUUGCGGGAGACGUUCCCGUCUGCGGAUGACUUGGAAAGAGCGACUUUCUUGGCAGGAGAGAUUCAAGAGGAGUUGAACGUAACCGAUGCGGACGCGUUUGACGUGCAAACGUUCGCGGACGUCGAGGCGGAUGGGUUGAGAGUCGUCACCGAGAGUUUCGUGGCGACGACUUUGCCCACGUCCGAGAAUAACUACUCGAUGAAGUUCGUCGCGGUGAGCGAACAGUUGACGCCGAACGCCUCGUACGGGGCAGUCGUGUGUGGUUUUGCGCACCCGGAGAAGUGCAUGGGGUCUCCGAUGAUGGGCGGAGCGUACGAUUACGACGAGUACACUUGCGGGAGAGCGGAUAUCGACGUGGCGGAAACGUCGCACUUUUGCGAAUUAAUCGCCGAAGGCGAUACGAACGAGGACGGAGAAAUCGUAUUCAUCGGAACGCCGAAUCUGGUCUCGUUGCAAGAGAUUCGAGGGAACGAGACUUCUUUGGAAGGCGACGACGACAGCGAGGGAAGCAAAGAACCACCGUUGCUGUUACACAUCGCGCUCGUGAGAUUGCCGCCGACGCCCGAAGAAGACCAAAAACAAACGCCGGCGAGAAAAUUGCUCCAAGGUUUGGGCGGCGGUAUCGGCUUCGGUGGCGGCAUCGGCGGCCUCAAUCGUUUCGGCGUUGGUGGUCUCGGUGUGAGCUCACUCGGUGGCAUCAACAACAUCGUCGCGCAAGAUCCUCUGUUUCAAAGUGGUACCGCGCACCACGUCGCGUUCGCGCAACCGGGCUUUUCAGGUCUCAGAGGUUAA